AUGAUUGAGAUUUUCCGUGACGACUUCAGUGGAGCAUACCUCAAUGAAUCCCAGUGGUUCAAGCAAAAGGAUGCAGCUUUCAUUGAGCAGUGUUACGAUGUCGAUAAUAUCCGUCUGGAAGCCGGUCAUUUGGUGAUGGGAACGGGUAGCCGGCUCAACGGCUCGCAAACCAUACUGACUGGCAGCGCGAUUUUCACAUGGGAGAAAUUUAAUUUCACCUACGGUGAGAUGAUUAUUCGGGCGAAAUUCCCCUUGGCCAGCGAUUUAUCUGCCAGUGCUUUCAUAGCGUUGAAGCCGUGUCGGAACAGUAAAGAGCACGACUGCACUGACAGCGAGAUGUUACCGGCCUUGCAACUGUGGGUCAGCAGUUUGACGCCACGCGUUGUCUAUGGCGGUGUGAUGUAUAAAGGCCGCACUGGUCGCGAACUGACGUACAUGGACUACUACUUUUGUAAUGAAGACCGGUCGUCAGGGUACCACGUGGUACAACUCGUGUGGACACACGAUUUCGUGGCGUGGUAUGUGGAUGAGGAAAUGGUGCUGAACCAGACAGUAUCGGGAUUCUCAACGUGGCCACGAUUAUUCACAUUAUAUAACAAGGAAUACUACAGUCAACCAAACUUUCCCUUUAAUGCCACCGACGCACCAGAGCAAGAGUUCUGGAUUGACUACAUAUCGGUCCAGCAGCUCACUGAUGCCGUUCGACGCGAUCACGCUUUACAGGCGACAGUGGGAACCAUUAUUGCUAUUCUUUUAAUUAUCUCUAUUGCCAUGAAGAUCGGAUUCGGCCUCAGACGCAGGCGGCAACGACACUGCAAUAUGCAGAAGCAGCAUUUUGUUGACGUUCUGUUUCCCAAGAUUUACAGUCAAAUGUUCGUUUAA